CCUUGAGAAGACAGGGGCUGUGGGUGUGGGUGUGCGUGCGUGUGUUUGUGUGUCUGUGGCUAGGGACUACUUACUGAAAGGGUUUGCAAAAGACUCUGGGAGAACGACCAUGAAUUUGUUGCGGGAGGCCGACUGAUUUUCCCGGCACCAAAGCUGGGCAGUGACUUCACCCAGGAAGGACUGUGCGACAGCUGGCUGGCGUGGCUUCGGGGUCUGACUUACUAGAAGCAUGGCUACCAGUGCUGUACCAAGUGACAAUCUCCCCACAUACAAGCUGGUGGUGGUUGGAGAUGGUGGUGUGGGCAAGAGCGCCCUGACCAUCCAAUUUUUCCAGAAGAUCUUUGUGCCAGACUAUGACCCAACCAUUGAAGACUCUUACCUGAAGCACACAGAAAUUGACAACCAGUGGGCCAUCCUUGAUGUUCCAGUGGGUUUAGUUAUCAUCUCCAUUCCUACAGAUCCCAAAUCUACAUGUUCAACUCUCAACUCUCUCCUGAGCUCCAGUCCUUGCAUUGACAACUGCCUGCUACCUAAAACAAGGAGUAACCCACCCCCUUCUGAGACAACCAUUCCAUUUUUGGCACACACCUGCCAGGGAUGGUUUAGGGAGUCAUUUCCAAUGAUCUUGGUGGCCAACAAAGUUGAUCUGAUGCACUUGAGGAAAAUCACUCGGGAACAAGGAAAAGAAAUGGCAACAAAACACAAUAUUCCAUACAUAGAGACCAGUGCUAAAGAUCCUCCACUAAAUGUUGACAAAGCCUUUCAUGACCUUGUUAGAGUAAUAAGGCAACAGAUUCCAGAGAAAAGCCAGAAGAAAAAGAAAAAAACAAAAUGGCGUGGGGACCGGGCCACAGGGGCUCACAAACUCCAGUGUGUGAUUUUGUGACAGGGCCUCAGGGCCUCUUUGCUGCUGCGAAUGUGAACUAGAGAGACCCGGUGAUGCACUCAAUUGCCUAACUGCACUGACAACUGCUUCUAACAGUGAACCUUGGCCAGAGAUCUUGGCAUGUAAAGGGAAAAAAAGAGGAGGGUAGGGUGGGGUGGGGUGGGGAAAAGGGAAGGAAGGAAGGAAGGAAGGAGGGCAGUGAAGGUUGAGGAAAAGAUCCUGCCCUUUGAGGAAUACUUGAACUGUGGCCAGUUUCUUCUAGAGGGAAUAAGAUGGAGAAAGAGGAGGAUUUAGUCUGGUUUUGCCCAAAGAGUGAUAGGCUUUCAGGUCAUUCACAGGAUAAGUGGAAAUGGCAAGUCAACAAGAGCAGCAUUUAAACCCCUUAAGUGUUGAUACAGUCGAGUUACACCCUUCCCUCCUCUCUGUUAGUGGGUAUUUUCUUUUUAAAAAAAACAACUAAACUAAACUAAAUUGUGUCAGUUUGAUGUGGACUUGUUUAUCCACACAAAAGUAUGAAGCAUAACAGUUUAUGAAGUGGCUAUUUUUUUCUCCCAGGCCCAGUAGCUCAUUGGUUCUGAGCACUAAAUUGGUGUUUUGGUUUGUUUGGUAUUUUAAAAAUUAUUUUUAAGGGAGUCAAUGCCCACUGCCUAGUGAAAUCUUUGGCACUCAUCAGACUUAUAUAAAUCUGUGUCUGGAAUUUUUUUUUAACUGAGCUCUCCUAGCAGUGCC